CCCUUGGGCUUUGUCUUCGACUAAAAUCCGUUCUGACUAUGGAUACAUAUUCAUUGAAGUCUGUGUCAGAUUUACCCGUACCUUUUCGCUCAACUUUUAGUUUCAGGUAUUUUAAUUCGCUUCAGAGUGAAUGCUUUCCUAUCUGUUUCCACUCCGAUAUAAAUAUGGUAAUUUCUGCUCCAACUGGAAGUGGUAAAACGGUACUCUUUGAGCUUUGCAUUUUGAGGCUUCUCUCUAGGUCCAUUUCUUCCGAGGAGAGACUUAUACAUGUAAAUGGAACUCUCAAAACAAUCUAUAUAGCCCCUUCUAAGGCUUUAGUACAAGAGAAGCUUCGGGAUUGGAAUCAAAAGCUUGGGCACUUGGGAAUCAAGUGCCUGGAGCUGACCGGUGACAAUGAAUCUUACAAUUUAAGGAACAUACAAGAGGCGGAUAUUAUUCUGACAACUCCCGAGAAAUUCGAUGCAGUAUCACGUUAUGGUGUAAAAGAUGGCGGCUUGAGCUUUUUCAGUGACAUUGCACUACUACUUAUUGAUGAAGUUCAUUUGUUGAAUGAUCCACGAGGAGCUGCUCUGGAAGCCAUCGUUAGCAGAAUAAAAAUGGUUGCUUGCAAUCCUAAAAUGAAAUCAAAUCCUCUUGCACAAGUCCGCUUCCUAGCUGUCUCUGCCACUAUUCCAAAUAUCGAGGAUCUUGCCGAUUGGCUUAUGGUUCCCGUCCAGGGGAUCAAAAGGUUUGGAGAAGAAAUGAGGCCUGUAAAAUUGACAACUAAGGUGUUUGGCUAUGCCCCGGCAAAAAAUGACUUUCUAUUUGAGAAGCGCCUUCAAAACUAUAUUUUUGAUAUUCUCAUGCAAUACUCAAGAGGGAAAUCUGCACUUGUAUUUUGUUCAACAAGAAAAGGAGCACAAGAAGCAGCUCAGCGACUCUCUCAAAUAGCCAUGACUUUUGGUCACUCAAAUCCAUUCAUUAAGAGCAAUGAACAGCAGGAUCGACUGAGGGAAGCUUCUCUGUCAUGCAGUGACAAGCAGAUGCAAUCAUAUAUCCAUUAUGGUGUUGGUUUUCACAAUGGUGGGCUUUGCCUAAAGGAUCGGAAUCUUGUAGAAGGCCUCUUCCUCAGGGGUGACAUUCAAGUACUUUGCACUACAAAUACACUUGCCCAUGGAAUCAAUCUCCCAGCACAUACAGUGGUUAUAAAAUCGACACAGCACUUCAACAAAGAAAAAGGUCUCUACAUGGAAUACGACCGCUCUACGAUAUUGCAGAUGUGCGGCAGGGCAGGCCGACCACCAUUUGAUGAUACAGGAAUGGUUAUAAUCAUGACAAGACGAGAAACGGUCCACCUGUAUGAAAAUCUCCUGAGUGGUUGUGAGAUGGUGGAAUCACAAUUGUUCUCGUGUGUGACGGAGCAUUUGACUGCUGAAAUUGUUCAACUGACGGUAUCUGAUAUCACAAAAGCAAUUGAAUGGAUGAAAUGUUCGUACUUGUACGUGAGAAUGAGAAGGAACCCAAAAAAAUAUGCGGUUAAAAAUGGAAUUUCUGCUGAUCGUUUGGAAAAGCAUGUACAGGAAAUAUGUGUUAAAAAAGUUAAUGAGUUAUCACAGCAUCAGAUGGUCUGGGUUGAUGAAGAUGGUUUCCUCUUGAGGCCAUUAGAGCCUGGAAGGUUGAUGACGAAGUAUUAUUUGAGAUUUGACACUAUGAAACAGAUAAUGCGAACCCCUGAAAACUGCACGUUAGAAGAUGCCCUUCGUGUUAUUUGCCUUGCUGAGGAAAUUUCUUGGAUACAGCUUAGACGCAAUGAAAAGAAGAUCUUGAAUGAGAUCAAUGCUGACAAAGAUGGCCGGCUUCGGUUUCAUAUCCUUGGAGAUAAGGGGAAAAAGAAAAAGCGCAUUCAAACAAGAGAAGAAAAAAUUUACAUAUUGGCAAAUGACUGCUUAACUGGUGAUCCCUCGGUUCAUGAUCUAUCCCUAAUUCAGGACAUGAAUUCUAUAUGCUCAAAUGGAUGUAGAAUUGCUAAAUGCAUGAAAGAUUAUUUUAUUUACAAAAAGAAUUACAAAGGAGCUGUGAAUUCUUCCCUUCUGGCCAAAUCACUUGACCAGCGACUUUGGGAUGACAGUCCAUACUUGUUGAAACAAUUACCUGGAAUUGGCAUGGUUACGGCGAAGGCACUGCAUUCAAUGGGCAUUAAAUCAUUUGAGGCACUAGCUGAAGCUGAUCCGAGAAGAAUAGAGAUAGUGACGGGUCGAAAAUAUCCAUUUGGGAACCAUAUCAAGGAUUCUCUAUUAUCGCUACCCCCAAAAAUUGAUAUGAAGCUUGAGGAAAUUGAGAUGCAGAAACAAGGGAAGUGCAAACUAGUGGUAACACUGACUAGAAUGUCAGAGUCAUUCCAGUCACUUAAAAGGCAUUAUGCUGAUAUGAUAAUUGGUGUGGAGGAAGACAACAUUAUUCUCUUUCAUGAAAAAAUAAGGGUGGACCAAUUCGCCAGCCCUUAUAGUGCGACAAUACUUGUCCCAAUCUCUCAUGGGAAGCAGAUAAUCAAAGCUAACUUUAUACAUGAAGAAUAUAUUGGUAUUGAUGUCCACCAAAAUCUUCCCCUGAUCAAAGAGAACAAUUCAAAUUUGCAAUUACAAAGAAAGAGAAAGCUCCCUGCUUUUCCUUCACCUGAAGAGUUACAUGUUAUUGAAGAUGACAACAUGACCGCCCCUCAAAUGCCAAUGGAAGAGCUAUGCAAUUUGAUGUCUAAGGAUGAAACAAAUUCCACCCCGAAUUUUAACCUUCUAAAUGAAGAGUUAGGACAAGAAGGUGGGUGUGAGACGGAAGUUGAAGAGGAUGAAUGCAAAAUCGUCAAUGAGAAAACAGUAUUUGACCACAUACGUGAGAAGGCCAAAAAUUUCUCUCUCCUGUCUGCAUAUGAUAAUAUUCGCCUCCCAUCACCAGAGGCCCUCCUUCUGACAAGAAAGCGUGCCCGAGAGAAGAGGCAUGGACUCCCCCAUGAAGUAAUUGUUCUGGAUGAUGAGACAGAAAGACUCAGCAUAUCGCCCCAAGCCGAGGUUAAUUUUCCUGUGCGGCUCAGAAAGGCAGCAGACGAUGUUAGUAACCUGUUUUUGGAUUUAAAGGAUCAUUACACAGUUGGAAGCUCCAAUGCCACCGAUGACGCAAUGGAUACAGGUGUUUUCCUCAUGGAACCUGAAACAAGCACGUACGAAACGUCAACUGACCAAACAAUUUUUGACCAUAUACGAAGAAAAUCUAAGGAUUUUCCACUGAUUAGUAAUUUGGAUUGCAUGGAGUCAGUUAUCCAGAAAAAGGAACUAUUCACACACGACCAUUUUGAUUCCUUAAAUGCUGCUUCUGAUACGGAAAUGGAUACUAAUCUCUCGAAUGUUCUCAAGGAGAACAUACAUACUUCAUACAUGGAAUCGGUUGAAAUGGACAAACAUGCAUCUGGUUUCCAAUAUGGAGCUGAGGUGGAACAUAACAAAUUUGAAGGUUUCAGUGGGAAAGACGGAGUAAGGACAGCGUUAAAGGACAACAAGCGCCCGCCAGAUGCAAGCAGCUUUGCACAUGGUACUAGUAAGAAGCAGCGCUCUUCUAUAGAACCAGAAGCAGAUAAGUCAAGUUUAAAUGGAACAAGAAGACAGUGCGGUUUUUUGGACACCGCAGGCAGAAUGAAGGAAGCAGGUUCAAGUCCUGUGUUCAGGAGCGUAUUUUCUUUUCUCUGAUUUUU